CAGACAUCCACUACCGGCGGGUUUUGAAAAAUUUUGACUUUUAAACAAACCGUUCUGGUUUUUUCAACAUGCAAAUAAACGUCAUUAAAAAUGCAGAAGGUGUCGACGAAUGGAUGCUGAUAGAGAUGCAAGGCACAGUUGAGAAUGGUGGCAAACCGCUUUCUGAUGAAGUUUUAGGCACUCUUUGCUGGCGUCGAGACGAUAGCGAGGCACUGCUUCUAGUUGGGCAUCAUUUGCUUGAAGGGAAGCUUUCUGAACUGGAAAAACCAUUCCUGGUUGUCAGAUCAACCUCUGGUGAAGACCCACACGCUAACGAACGGUCGAUGACUAUUGAUGCUAUCAUAAAGCGUAGGAUAGUGUUUCGGAACCGACCAAAACCCAUUGUCAAGCAAGUGUCUACACCAUAA